CUGUAUUUCUAGACGGAUGCGUUUGUCGUCGACACACACGGGGAUCCUGUGUGCUAUUGAGAUGGCGGUCGGAACAGCGAGCGCAAGGAACGAAUAAAUAUUACCCCGUCUAACCAUAACCUGUGGAACUUGUAGCGCUCUCAUAUUCACCCUAAAUUGUAACCCACAAAGUAGCAUAGCGCUAUGGAGAAACCGACAGUCGCUCUCGUAUAUCAAGCCGUGCAGGCUCUUUAUCAUGAUCCGGACCCCGCCGGUAAAGAGCGAGCCUCGGUGUGGCUGGGGGAGCUACAGAGAUCGAUGUACGCUUGGGAGAUGGCAGACCAGCUCCUUCAGCUGAAGCAGGAUGUGGAGUCCUGUUACUUUGCUGCCCAGACCAUGAAGAUGAAGAUCCAGACAUCGUUCUACGAACUCCCGCCUGAGACCCACAUUGCCCUCAGAGACUCACUGCUCUCACACAUACAAAGCCUCAAAGACCUCUCCCCCAUCAUAGUCACCCAGCUAGCUCUGGCCAUUGCAGACCUUGCCCUUCAGAUGGCUUCCUGGAAGGGCUGUGUCCACACUCUUAUUGAAAAGUACAGCAAUGAUGUAAGCUCAAUGACGUUUCUGAUAGAGAUCCUCACAGUCCUUCCCGAAGAGGUCCACAGCCGCUCCUUACGCAUCGGAGCCAAUCGCAGGACAGAGAUCAUUGAGGACCUGGCAUACUACUCUAGCACCGUGGUCACUCUACUGGGGUCGUGUGUUGAGAAGACUGGCAGCGAUGAGAAGAUGCUGAUCAAGGUGUUUCGUUGCCUGGGCAGCUGGUUCAACCUGGGCGUCUUGGACAGCAACUUCAUGGCAAACAACCAGCUCCUCAUGGUCCUCUUCCAAGUGCUGCAGAGGGAUGAGACCUCCACUAACCUGCACGAGGCGGCGUCCGACUGUGUAUGUUCAGCCCUGUACGCCAUCGAGAACGUGGACGCGCACAUGCCCCUGGCCCUUCAGCUCUUCCAGGGCGUCCUCACGCUGGAGACUGCUUAUCACAUGGCCGUGGCACGGGAAGACCUUGACAAAGUGUUGAACUACUGUAGGAUCUUCACGGAGCUGUGUGAGACCUUCCUGGAGACGACAGUGAGGAGUCCGGGCCAGGGCAUGGGAGACCUGAGGACGCUGGAGCUGCUGCUCAUCUGUGCGGGACACCCCCAAUAUGAGGUCGUGGAGAUCUCCUUUAACUUCUGGUAUCGUCUGGGAGAGCAUCUUUAUAAGACCAACGAUCCUGCCCUUCACGGCAUCUUCAGGCCCUACAUCCAGAGACUGCUCCAUGGUCUGGCCCGUCACUGCCAGUUAGACCCCGACCAUGAGGGAAUCCCAGAAGAUACAGAUGAUUUUGGGGAAUUCAGGAUGCGGGUGUCUGAUCUCGUCAAGGAUGUAAUUUUCCUCGUGGGCUCAAUGGAAUGUUUCUCCCAGUUGUACUCUACUCUAAAAGAAGGGAACCCUCCCUGGGAGGUGACUGAGGCUGUUCUCUUCAUCAUGGCGGCCAUCGCCAAAAGUGUAGACCCUGAGAACAACCCUACCCUGACAGAGGUUUUGGAGCAGGUGGUCCUGCUCCCGGAGACAGUCCACAUCGCCGUGCGCUACACCAGCAUCGAGCUGGUGGGGGAGAUGAGCGAGGUUGUUGACCGCAACCCACGCUUUUUAGACCCUGUGCUGAACUACCUAAUGAAGGGCUUGAGGGAGAAGCCCCUGGCGUCCGUAGCGGCCAAGGCCAUCCACAACAUCUGCUCGGUGUGUCGGGACCACAUGGCCCAGCACUUCCAGGGCCUGCUGGACAUCGCUCGGGCCCUCGACUCCUUCGCCUUGUCCACCGAGGCCGCCGUGGGCCUCCUUAAAGGUACCGCCCUGGUCCUUGCCCGGCUGCCCCUGGAUAAGAUCGCUGAGUGUUUGAGUGACCUGUGCGCCGUUCAGGUCAUGGCCCUCAAAAAGCUUCUCUCCCAGAACCCGAGCAACGGGAAAGCCGCUGACCCCACCGUCUGGCUGGACAGACUAGCAGUCAUCUUUCGACACACAAACCCCAUUGUAGAGAACGGACAGACACACCCAUGUCAGAAAGUCAUCCAGGAGAUCUGGCCAGUCCUGUCAGAGACUCUGAACACCCACCAGGCUGAUAACCGCAUCGUGGAGCGCUGCUGUCGCUGUCUGCGGUUUGCUGUGCGCUGCGUGGGAAAAGGAUCUGCGUCUCUACUACAGCCCCUAGUUACACAGAUGGUCAGUGUGUAUCAGGUGUAUCCCCACUCCUGCUUCCUAUACCUGGGCAGCAUCCUGGUGGAUGAGUACGGCAUGGAGGAGGGCUGCCGACAGGGUCUACUGGACAUGCUACAGGCUCUGUGUAUGCCCACCUUCCAGUUGUUGGAGCAGCCCAACGGCCUCCGUAACCACCCAGACACAGUGGACGACCUCUUCAGACUAGCAACAAGGUUUGUCCAGCGCAGUCCCGUCACUCUGCUCAGCAGCGGCAUCAUCGUCCACAUCAUCCAGUGUGCCAUCGCUGCCACCACGCUGGACCACCGGGACGCCAACUGCAGCGUCAUGAAGUUUGUUCGAGACCUCAUCCACACGGGCGUCAGCAAUGACCACGAGGAUGACUUUGAGGUACGGAAGCAGCUGAUUGGCCAGGCCAUGGAGCAACACGGGCAGCAGUUGGUCACCCAGCUCAUGCACACCUGCUGCUUCUGCCUGCCACCUUACACACUCCCCGAUGUGGCCGAGGUGCUUUGGGAGAUCAUGGUGUUCGACAGGCCGACGUUCUGCCGCUGGCUGGAGAAUGCGCUGAAGGGGCUGCCUAAGGAGACGUCGGGUGGCGCUGUGACAGUCACACACAAACAGCUCACAGACUUCCACAAGCAAGUCACCAGUGCAGAGGAGUGUAAGCAGGUGUGCUGGGCCAUACGGGAGUUCACCAGAUUGUUCCGAUAACCGCGCCCAAAGAGCUCUGCCAGAACACCAGGUUAAAUCUUUUGUUGGCGAACAUUCAGAGGUGACGGCAAAGAGGCUGAAGACCGCAGCAGACGAGAAUCUAAAGGGAACUCCUUAUGGACAAAUGGGCGGGACUUGGCACUGUGGAAAGCCAAUCAAGACGCAUCGCUAGGAUUGGAGUGACAGGGUGAACCGUGACGAAUCGUGCAUCGACUUUGGCAUGUGAGAAGAGAACCCCCCCCCCCCCCCUUCUGCUCUGUCUCGCUCCCCUGCCUCACUGUCACCUAAGCAACAGGUGGCAUGAGGGUUGAAAGAGAGCGUGGCGGGGGCAAGGUCUGAGGAGAAACGAGAAUUCACCAACUCGAAGAAAAGAAAUGGGAUUAGUUCUGCGUCAGUUGGAUUUCUACAGGAUCCAUCUUCAAAAAGAACAAGGAGGAAAAAAAACAAAAAGGAUGUGCCUGGUUGCAAAUCAUAAUGCAUCAAAAAAAGACUUGUAAGUUUUUAAAAAAAUUGAGAAAUGAUUUAUUUUCAUGGACGUGUCUUUAGAACUUUAACAUGGUCUUGCUGUCGGUGCCAUAAAGAAAAAUGAAUAGCAAACCCAUGAGGCCCUUCGUAAAAUGCCCGCUACUGCCUUGUGGAGGCAUUUAAGAAAUGGAAGGGGAAUGUGAGAUUUGGCGUCACCUUUGACCUUUUUAAACAUAUUGGCUGGAGUUUUACUGUAUCUAUUGCCAGGGAAGGAGAGCUGUGACAGGUCGAGUGGGACUCUGGCAGAUGGUAUCUUUUUUUUUCUUUGUUCCUUCACCUUUGGCAUCAUCCAUUUUUGGGAAAGGCAGACGCCGCCGUUGGCCAUGUAGCCAUGUUGUGAACAAUAAAAACGACUGUGAGGAACAAACA